AUGCCCUUCCCUCUUCCUCUCCUCUCUCUCCAACCCGCCACUCUCUUCUUCACCCCCAAAGCCUUGUUUCUCAGCCGCAGCUCAAUCACCAUGUCAGUCCAGUCCGACGCCAUAAAUCCCAGUUCCCAAAAUGCCCUCCAAAUCUCCCAGAAUUACCCCGUGCCCCUCUCCCCUCCUCUGCCACCCAUCUCAAAGCAUAUAGAGCUGGCGAGAGCCAUGUCUGCCUCCUCCAAAUCCAGCCUCUUUUCCCUCUCUAGAGACGACGUCGUUUUCGAGGACCAGUGGCUCAUUGUUGUCAACAAACCUCAGGGAGUAUACUGUGAGAGCGUGUUGGAAUCGGUCCCUCAGCUUCUCUGUGACUCGGCCGAGUCAGUUGCAGGGACCCCGGCCAACCAGCUAGAACUCCAUCUUGCAAAUCGGCUUGAUCGUGACACUAGUGGGCUAAUGGUAAUAACCAAGUCACACAAAGUAGCUUCCAAGCUCGUGAAGGCAUUUACUGAUCAUAAAAUUUCGAAAACAUACAUUGCACGCUGCAUUGGUUCAGCUCCAAAAUGGGAAAGAAUCACCCUUAAAUCAGGUCAUGGUCGGUCAAAAUUUGGGGCCUGGCGAGUGUAUGCUGCUUCAGAUGUAGGCCGUACACUUCCAGGUGGAUCAAUGGUCAGAGACAUGGAAACAUCCUUUGAAGUAUUAUCAAUAAAUGGACAAGGGAGCUUGAAAGAGCCAUCUGAAUUUAAGAAAGAUGAAGCAAAUACUGUAGUAGUUCAAGAGAAAGCUGUAAUAGAUAAAGACACAAAGAAGGAUGAGAUUUUGGUGAGAGCGCGUCCUAGGAGUGGACGAACACAUCAAAUCCGCCUGCAUUGCCAGUAUCUUGGAAUUUCCAUAAGAGGGGAUGUCAAGUAUGAGGGCGUUUAUGAGUGGAAAGGGAGAACUUAUGAUGGCCAUGAACUUCAUGCAGAGAGCUUGUCUUUUGAGCACCCCAUUACUGGUCUUCCAGUAAUGUUUCAGGCACCUGUACCUUCUUGGGCCAGCCAGGCUUUGCAGCCCUAGUUAAGUGAGUCUAAUGGUUCUUGGUGUUCAUUUUCCGGUUUUGAGAAGAUCGAUCUUCCAAAUUAUGGGCAGGUUUCAUGCAUAAAAAAUGAGAAAGCAUAGCAUAUAGUUCUAGUGUGCAUCUCUGACUGCAGUUGAUAACUUGAUUCUAUGUGAACGGAACUGUAUUUUCUUGAUUCCUACUUCAACAUGGUUACUAUUAUCUACCAGAAAAGGUUUUAGGUUUGAUGCUGAAAGAAAGCACACAAUUGUCGCCAGUUUGCAACAGAAGCCUUCUCUUCACCUCACCAUCGGCUCCUUACAUUCGGCUUUGUAUGAUCAUCCUGGGAGAAUGGUUUGGGAUUGAAAUGUCAAAAACUCUUGUAAGUAAACAAAUUGCAAGGAAAAUCUGUUGUACCAUGUUUUCUUCUCAAA